CCGUGAUCUGGCAUACUAGUACAAAAUGCAUCUGCUAAACUUUCGGAGCUGCUGUUACCAUUACUAUCGCCAGAGGUCGUUCGUGUUUGGUCCAAACCAAAUGUACAUGUGGCCGACUAUUCGUUGCCUUCGAUUCACACCAUUCACUUUCAUUAGUACACCAACGAACGAGAAAGCGCGCGACUCGGAGCGUGGAGCGGCAAAGCUGCCCUGAACAUCCGGUAACCGGCUCUCCACCGACAUUAGGUGCUAGACUCUGCAACAACAGCACUGAGCAUUGAGCAGCACUGAGACUUCGUCCUUUUUCUGUGUCGUUAUUCCAAGAAGAACCAAAACAAUGGGUUACAGUGUUCGGACUGUUCUGGACUGGGCGUACGGCGGGGUGGACCACAGCAUACCCGGGAACGGCGGACAGGAAUGUUCCGAUUUCAUCGGAGGGACGCAGCGGAUUGUCGAGACCGUUUUCUUCAUGGUGCUCGGAUCGGGGCUGCUGUAUUUUGGGUACAAGAGCAUAGCGCGGGAUCCGGGAUUGCCGUCCAAGUACGACAGGACAGACCCCACGAUAAAGCGCGUGCUGUUGGUCAUGUUGUGCAUGACGUUUGGAAUCGAAACGGGGUUCAAGUUCGCCAGUGGAGAGGUCAUCUACCUGCUGAACCCAUGCCAUCUUGUCACGAUGGUGCAGAUAUACCUGCUUGCUGCUCCGCCCAGUCAGUCCUCUACUGUUGUGUUCAGACUGGGUAUGCACUGGGGACAUGGUCCUAUCCUGGCCCUGCUGUUUCCUGUACUCAACACCAGACUGUUGCCGUUUGAACCAGAGGUGUACUAUAUUCAACACGUGCUGAUCUACUUUGUGGUUCCUCCGUACCUCUUGUGGAUGGGAGGUGCAUAUACAGUUGAGCGCGUAUCGGACCUGAGGUGGUCGAUCAUAUCCCUAGGAAUCCAGUACACCUACCACUUUGGACCCUUGCAGUUGUUUGCUUAUCUGACCCAAGUGAACCUGAACAACAUGCUCUGUCCGGCGAUCUCGGACCCGUUCCACGGUCAGUACUGGCGCUGCUGGUCCCUGUUCCACCAGCCUUUCCUGACCUUCUGUCACAACAAGAUCUACACCGCCAUGGUCAUGGGCAUCCUCAGCCCGUUCCGCAAACCCUCCAAGGUCAAUGGGGACACUGGGAAGUUAGAGUAAGGUGGUGACAAGAAAAAAUCUCUGGCUUUAUUGACAGUUUGACUGUUUAGGCCAUGCUGAUUUGAUUAUAUGGAUGACAUCCUAUGGGCACCCCAAAACUUUUGGUAGCGUGCAAAGAAGAAAAACUUGGGCUAAAAAGUUAAUCUCCAAGCAGAUCUUAUGGUAGCAUGAGAUAGUAUCAAAAGCUGGCAGAGAAGUGAGGCUGGUUUAGGAGUGUGUGGCAAAAUGCAUGGACACCUUUUGGUUGACUACACUAGUCCUUGGCCAGUUUGGUACUACCUAUUGGAACAGCCAUUGUAGGAUCUGCUUGGAGAUUACUAAAAAGUUUUUAACAUGGAUCAGUGCAUGGACAAUAAGAUGUAAAAGACUCAUUUUGUGCUAUACAGAAUUAUAAAUUAAGGAUCGAAAGCAGCAUUAUUCAUUGUCAUAUUUAUUGGCAAUUUCUAGACCUAAAAUGGACUUCAAGUUCAAAGUGAAUUUUGCUCAUCUGUGUUUGCUACCAGUAGAUUUGCAUGCAAUGUUGAUAGUUAUUUUGUGUAAUAUUUAUAAAAGCUUGCUGUAGUGUUAGUAGUGCAUGUACCUUGAUGUGUUCGAAAAGGUCAAAAGCAGAAUAACAAAAUAUAACUGUCCAACCUAUCCGAGCUACCAAGAAUUCAAAAGCGUACAACAAAAUGCUAAAUUAAAAGACAACAAAAAGUGAGAACCAUAAGGUGUGUAUGAAAUAUUUUAAAAGACCAUUGAGGAGCUGAAUUUUGCGAAUGAAUAGUUCUCUGUAAUACAGAAAAUUAUAUAGUUUUUCAUAUUAAGAAUGCGACAAAAAAAAAGAGUAUAAAGUUUACUGACAGAAGAAAAGGCUACAAAUUAUUUUCAUACAUAUGUCAACACAUGAAAUGUCCCAAUGACAUUUUUAUAGGAAAUUUGAAGAAGCUUAAAGUAAAACGUAUGGCAGUGUCAAAAAUAAUCAUGCAUUGAAGUCUAUUAGAAUUGAAAAUAUGCUAAGAGUCAUAUUUGGUCAAAUGUAAGGUAGGGAUUCUAAAAUUCUAGUUGAAUGAAGAUUUCUUGAUUAGUCUGCUACUUGCUUAACUGACAUGAAAUAAGUAAAGUAUAUUGUAGCUUUUUAGGGCUUUAGUAUAGUUUAAAAUGUGAGUAAAAGGUGAAUUUUGUGAUCAUAAGUCAAUAGUUGGGUGAAAAGUGGUGUAAUUGAAAGGCUCUUCUUUUUUUAUCAGAGAUUCUCUUUAAUCAGAUGUUACAAGUUACUACCUGUGCCAACAACUUAAUAUUGUUAUAUUGAAAUAUGCAUUGCAUUAUGUAGUUAGUAUAGUAAGAAUCAUAUCCGUGGUGAUUAUCUGUCAUAUAAUGUAAAACUGCCAUCAUAGAUAGCUUAGCAUUUGUGCCUUGAUGUUUUGCUAGUAUGUAGAGUAAAAGGUGUCCAUGUUUACAUUUCAUAUCAUGUACCAAUGCAUUAGCAACAAUCAAAAUAACACCUUUAUAGGCUGGUGGUCGGCAGCUUUUCCCUUUUAAUUUUAUAUGUGCAAUGUUGCCUAAUAUAGAAUCUAUAUUUGGGUAAUAUAUAUGACUGAGAAAAGGAGGACACAUGCACAGUUACAGAAUGUUUGUAUGUCCAACUUUUCCAUUUUUCUCAUCACAUAAUGUAUUUCAGUAAGUAAAGCAUCAUCAAACAAGAAUGCAAAACAUAAAGUAAGUUGCUAGCCCUGGCUUCCCAGGCCUAUAUACCAUGGCAAGCCCAACUGUCAAGCAUCUUAACUGCAGAACACCAUUGUCAAUGUCAUGUAUACGUACACCUUUAGGGCUGUGUUGUAGAAUGUCCAAUUAUGCAAGUUCUUGUGCCUGCCAAGUGUGUCUUACACAAAGUGAGUCUUUGCAAUUGAUGCUAUGUAAAUGUAUGUGUAGUGCCACAAUGGGUACAACGUUACAUUCACUUGUAAUGUGUUGUUUUCAUUGCAAGAAUGCGGAAGUAACAACGUGACAAAUAUUUCAUGUUAGAAGUCUGCAAAAUAAUUGUUUCUACUCUGAGAGGCGCUUAUACCGGUUUCAAAAGCUGGCUUAGGUAUUAUACCGUUAACCAGCUUUUCACUACAUGUAGAAGUGAUAAUUAAUGUUGUCUGUUGGAAUGAACUCAUCUGGACUUUCCAAUGUCUUCAAUGCAACACAAAAAUGCAUUUUUUUAACUUCUUAACAUGAAGAGAGUAAGGACUUUAGUUUGAAGUCAACACAAUAACACUACUUUAAGCAGCACAAAUUGCAUAUACAGUACUGAUGAAAUGUUUAUUGAUAUAAUCAAGAAAGACGUUUAAAACGUUCUCAAAAAGCUUGCAGCAAAAGUCUCAAUCAUCAGCAUUAUAUUUAUAACAACAGAUUGACAGUUAAAAUUGAAUGUGUGAACUAGUGUUGUUGUCAGAAGAGCAAGAUUGUGUAACAGACUAGUUAUAUUACUGUAUUAACCUUACAUGUUUCCUCACCUCACCGGUCCCAUAGCCUCACCGGCCGUAGACCGGCAUUGGUACAUGUUUGCCAUAGGUUAAUCUACCGGUAGAUGGUCAUUACAUGGCACACAAAGAUGGGCGAAACACAUGUAGGAUGCUGGGUCUCUCAGGUUUACUUACCUCAUGGGCAGUAGAAAUAAAAUAAAACCAUUCUACAGCAACUUGUCUUUAAGUUCGAUUUUUUGCACUAUCUACGUAUUAAAUGUAGAAUGGGCAAUCAAUGCCUAUCUAAACCAGGGCUGUCUCCAGCUUUAGAUUUUUUUCAAACUUUUUUUCGAGCAUCUAUCAAUAAAGAAGAAUUUGAAGUAAAAUUUUCAUCCCUUCCCACUAAUAAUUUAGCAGCCCAUGUUGUUAAACUUAAUCUGUCAUUUUAAGCUUACGAAAAUACACUUUCAUUGCUGUAUGCCAUGAGGUGCAUAUUUUUGGGAUGGAUGAGAUGAAAUCUUCUCUGUAUACCAAGAAUGAAUUUCUGGACGGAGGGAGGGGUACUGGAGACAACCCUCUUCUGAACAUAGUAAUACACAUACUAUGAGCUUUCAACUAAGUUGUUAUAUAUUUUGGCAAGCUUGGCUUGAUACUGAUUCAGAAAUUAAAAAAAUAUAAGACAUUUGACAUGGUCAGCUGGAACAUAAAAUCAUUUCAUUGUUGGCUCAUUCUUGGCUCGUUAAUUGUCAUGUGGCUCAUAUAAUUUACUUUUCUGC